AAUCCUGCGGAGGGGCGAGAGGUUCUGCGAUUGGGGUGAGGGGUUGGCUGUGCAUCCAGCCACCUCCACAAGCCCUAGGCUACUGUCAGCUUCACCUCCCCAGCCCCAUGAAUUGUGGCAGCUCUUGAAUUCACGAGGUCUCCCAGAGGUAUCAUCCCUUCAUCUGAGGAGCCUUGCUCUCACCCUGUGAAGGGCUACAACAGUAUUUUGAUUUAUAUCAAAAUGUUAAAGCAAAGAUAUUUGGAAGAUCUAAAAUAACAUCGGCAGAAAAAUCUAGGUUGACCAGCUAAACGUGAGCAGCCACAACAUGAUUUUUAUGGAGCUGAUGUGUAAGGGAUGCGUCAUUGGACUGCAGUAGACAAGGGGAACACCAUUAUGCUUGAGAUCUUGUCUCCUAGAUCUGCAUUGCCAAUUGACAUAGCUAUGCAGCUAUAUCUCCCUCCUCCAUUCAAGCAAGCAAGCUAUACCACAAAAAGAGCAUUGAAAAUAACCCAGCCGCUACGGCCAUGCAUCCACCUCCACAUCAGUGAAGAUACACCAGAAAAUAAGCACAAAAUCAAGGAGCAGAAACGCGUCUCCUUUGCAGACACAAAGGGCUUGCCCUUGACUACGGUUAAAUUCUUCGAUUUGAAUGACCUAAACUUUUCCUUUAACGUCGAUGAUCUGAUCAGCAGUUUGGUAGGCAUGAAGACCACAGACAAAGAUAGCCUGCUCUUAGAUUUUUCACAGCCCUCAUCAGAUUACUUAGAUUUCAAGAACCGUCUAGAAACUGACUGUGUCUGCCUUGAAAACUGCAUGUUGCAAGAUAAUGCAAUUAUGGGGACAGUCAAAGUGAAAAACAUUGCAUUUGAAAAGUCCUUGAAGGUGAGAAUAACUUUUGAUACAUGGAAAACCUCACAAGACCAUGCCUGCUGCUAUGUCCAAGACUCUUAUGGGGGCUCAGAUAAAGACACGUUUUCAUUUGAGAUCCGUUUACCAGAGUUCAUCGUUCCACAUGAAAGGAUAGAGUUUGCCAUCUGUUAUGAAAGUGGUGGGAAGACCUAUUGGGAUAGUAACAAAGGGCAGAACUAUAGGUUAAUCCGAUCGGAGCUGAAACAUGGUCCAGAGUCUUGCAAAACAAAUCAGCCACUCGAUAAUGUAUUGACUGAAUCUGACCACGUGCCAGGAUAUGGUAUUGAGUUUGACCAUUAUGGUGGACUCCGGUGCUCCUAUGGCCUAUUUGCCGAAUGGCCCAGUUACUCUGGUUAUGAUAAGAUGGGACCUUACUAUUGAACAGGUUCGCUUGGGGCCUGUAUCAUUCUUGAAAUGGAGAUUUUUUUUUAAUGUUCCUUUCAAUAUAGCAAGUUUUGGGUACAGCGAUGUAAGUGUUGGCUGUGAGCAUCAACUUGGACGAUUUCAAUCACGGGAACUUGCGGUUUUUAACAUUUCUUCAGUUUGGUUUUGCAGUGAACAAGCACGUGUUGUAAUCUAUAACAUGAAAUAUCUUCUGAGGAUUUCAACAAGAACACUGCCUCUUCAAAAAUACCAAGUGCUCUUCGUCUGUACUUUGUAUUGUUGUCUAAUUGCGCAGAGUGUUUGUCCUGAGGCACAUCUGUCAGUUUAAGGAUGACCCUCAAAAAUUCUGAAGUGUUUCAGUCUUUUAAGUGUGCCCAGUUGGACCAAGUAAUUUCAGGAAGUUGUGCUAAAGCAUAUGGAAUGGACUGAUGUGUAGGUCAGUGGGAACCACAUGGAGGAAACACAGGAAGCCGUGAUGGAAGCCAUUCCUGAGCCUUUACCAGUGGAUGAUCUGACAGUCUUUCUCAACCUUAUUUUAUUUAAAGAACUAUUUGAAACCCAAAUGUGCAAGUUUGUUGUCUGAACUGGGAUUCUGGUAACAAGCUCAUUAUAAUGAGGAUUCUUUUUUGAAUAUUCAAAUAACUGACUCAUGUUAAUUUUAAUGAACCAUUCGUAGUACUCAAACUGAAUCAGUUUGAUCAAGUCUAAUUAUAUGAACAGGAGAAGAAAGGAGAAUGAACAUUUACCUAUUCAUUCUGUAAUGUAGCAAUUUGUUGACCCUUCCUCAAAGAUGAUGAUGCUCAGUUUUUCAUCUUUCCCGUUAGUUUCCUCUGCCAACCGGAUGUUGACUUUUUUUUUCUCUGUCUCUCCAGAAGUCUUGCAUCUUAGUGACUAGGAGCUUGUCAAGAGAUGCUCCUUCACCCUCGGCUGGGAGAUAUUUUAACUGAAGUCCUCCUCCCUCUCCUGUGAGGUUGUUAUUUGUUCAGGCGAUGAAUCAAAUCACAAUGAUUCUUUUCAGUAUGCUGUGAAUUACUGUGUUUGUCAAAACCAAAUUUUUGCAAUGCAGUCUAUGAAAAUGAGUCAUUCUGAGUGAGCAGGCAUGUGUCAACAAAUGACUUACUCUUUUUGUCUUUAAGGCACUGUAAGCUGCGACAUGACUACUUGAGUAUUUACAGCUACCAAGUGUCACACUCAAGCAUAACCUGUUUUGUUCUAUGUAGUAGACAUAGUCCUGGCUAAGCUAUUCUGCUUGAAAAGACAUGAAGAUAUGCUGCAUCAUAGGAGAGUUACACAGAAAACUAUAAGUUACUCAAGUUAGCGUUGACUCCAGUUCCCCUGUUUGAGCCUGGGAAGCUCCUGGCCUUUGUUCAGUUUUCUACCAAGUGGUGGAGUCAUACAUUUGAACUGCCUGGGAACAUUUGAAAGUACUUUAUCAAUCACAGAAAUUUGAAAAUUUUAUUUUCCUUCCAUUUCUAUGCUCUUGCACCCACUGGGCCAGACAUUGAGUGCAGUUCUUUACAGUGAACUAUUGUAGUUUUUGUUUCCCACAAGGAAGGCCGUUGAGAAUGUAUUCUCCACACGCCCCAUGGACACUGUGCACAUCUUGACCCACUAUGGGAGGCCAGUAUUUAAAGCAUUGGACAGGUCACAUAGCAACUGCCAAUUUCCAUUUUUAAACAGCCAUUCUGGAACUUUGCCUGGUGCCUGUGGGAUAAUAUUUCAUCAUUCUGUCCCACUUUUUAUUUUUUUUCUCUUUGAUACUGUGAACUACUGGCUUUGCCUGUUAAUGCUGGAAAUUGUAGCAGGGAAGGAAACUAUUCACUUGUCCCAUUGAUUGUCCUACAAUUAUGUGAUUUUCUGUUCUAGCUCCAGUCUGUAGCUACCUACCUCCCUGCAUACUUCACUUCUGUCACCACCAUUCUUCUUUCUAAUGUUAAUACCACGUUCCUGCUCAAUAAGUACUUUGAAAAAAAUGGGAUAUUUUACUCUAUCAUUCAGUGUGGGUUGGGGGUGGAAAUUUCUUCAUUUCACUCCUUGCCCACCCCCAUCCCAAAAUUUGUCUUGGUACCUCAGCGAUUUAUCAUUAGUAAUGGUAAUCUUUGAAGAUCUUGGAAUAGAUUCUCUGAUAAUCAAGCCCUGUGCAAAGUUUCCUCUAAAUUUUCAAAAAAAGUUCCAGUCCAAGGGAAGGCUGUGGUUGAAGGGAUAUGGAGCAAAUGAGCUUGUAGGUCAGCUGUGCUGGUAGAACAAGCUGUAAGGGCUGAAUAGUCUGUUCCUAUUUCUCGUUCCCAAUUGUAAUGGUUUAACUGAAGCAAGCUGAGGCCACUUCCUGCUCCUCUAGAUGGGAAUACCCUGACGCUGUGCAAUCAUAUCAAUCACUGGUUUUAUGUUUUUUUUUGCAAACAACAUUGUAUGAUGGAUGUGCUUUACACAUUAAAGAGUGGUCUGGUUGU